AUGUUUUUGGCUAUUAAUUUAACUGUCUUACCUCCUCGAGUAAUCUUUACUGCUGUAUUGCCACCAAGUGACAUUUCUGUUGACUAUGGUUUUACCUAUCCGAAUAUUCCCAAUUGUGAAACUGGCGAUGUUAUCAAAGUCUUUAUUGGCUUACAAGUACCAAUACAAGAGGGAAAAAAGCAUUUAUCUGAGGCAUGGCCUGUGUAUGAUAUAGUUGUAACAUUACGUUUCCUACCAGGACAACACAACUAUACCGGUUCAACUCGUCAGAGAAUAACUACAAAGAGUUAUGGUUCUUGGAGAUUAAGUUACAUUGUUGAAGAUGUUGAAACUAUUCCUCUUAAUUUC